AACAAAUCACGAACUCACUAUCAGCCCCAAUUCCGUCAUACGUUGCUGAUUUCGUUCCUAUCUCCUACACCAAAUGAAUCGUUCAUUAUUUACGCAAUCUAUUAGGUUUUUUUUGUAAAAAUCAAUUUCGGGUCGUCAGAAAAUUAUGAUGAAGAAGACAUGGGGGAGGAACUUGAUUUUUGGGGUUGCCCUAACAGUGAGCUCCUUCUACCUUCCAUUGGUCCUAUCUGAAACGAAUUCUAAACAUGUUUCUGCCCUCAAUGUGCUAUACCAGAGCUUGGAUUCUUCAUCUAGAGAGAACUUGGAUGCAUGGAUGGAAAAUGGCGGAGAUCCUUGUGGGGAUUCUUGGAAGGGUAUAUCAUGUUCAGGAUCGGAUAUAACAGAAAUUGAUUUAUCUGAGAUGGAUCUCUCUGGAUCAUUGGGCUAUGAACUUGAUAAGUUGGACAAAGUUACCUACUUUGAUGUGAGCAAAAACAAACUGAAGGACACUGUACCAUAUCAGCUUCCUCCGAAGCUGCAACACUUAGACCUCUCAAGCAAUAAAUUCACAGGAAGUGUCCCUUAUUCAAUUUCUCAGAUGUCUAGCCUUACAUACUUACAUCUCGAUCAUAAUAAGCUGAGCGGAUCACUGUCUGACAUGUUUACACAACUUACCAAACUCACCGAGAUGGAUCUCUCCUUCAAUUCAUUGUCUGGUGCUCUGCCGCAGAGCUUUAAGUCCCUCUCAAGUCUCAACGUAUUGUCUUUACAAAAUAACAAAUUUACCGGAUCAAUAAAUGUUCUUGCUGAACUCCCUCUUGAAGAUCUGAAUGUAGGAAACAACCACUUCACAGGAUGGAUUCCGGAUGAGUUGAAAAACAUCAAUAAUAUAGAGUGAGUAAAUGAUUUGCCCCCAAUGAACUAUUCUUACUUACAUUCUUUCCCUCACAUGAUGAAUUUGGAAUUUUCAUUUUAAGGACUGGAGGGAAUUCUUGGUCUUCUGGUCCAGCUCCUCCUCCACCUCCUGGGCAGGAACCUCACAAGAAAUCAGAGGAGAACAAGAAAUCCGGGUUGAGUGGAAUGGCAGUUGCUGGCAUAAUAAUGGGUGUUUUGUUGCUAAUUAGCAUUAUAAUUGCUCUGAUUUCUAAACGAUCAUCAUCAACUUCAAUACACUAUUUUGAAGAUGAUAAGCUUAGCCAACAGAGGCCCAUUUCCCCACUUGCAUCUCAGGAGCUAUCCAUUAACAUGUUCCCUGAUAUGCACAAGGGAUUCAGAGAAAUUAGGUCCUCGGGUUCUUCAUCCACAAUAUCAGUAAAAACUUCUCAAACGUCUGCUUCUAUGAGUCAUAAGUAUUCAGAUCAUGUCAAGUCUUUCAACAGCAAGGAGUUGCCUGACCAUUUAAACGUGGAAAUAGGUGGUUCAGUUCAGGCCUCUUAUUAUUCUUUGGCAGAUCUGCAGAGUGUGACCGGUAAUUUCGCAAAUGGCCGUCUUCUUGGAGAGGGAUCAAUUGGAAGAGUAUACAAGGCAAAGUAUCGAGAUGGGAGGGUUCUGGCAGUCAAGAAGAUAGACUCUUCACAUUUUAGAGGUGAUAGGGGAGCAGAUUUUCCAGAAAUUGUUGCAAACAUCUCCAAGCUUCGCCACCCAAAUAUUGCUGAAGUCAUUGGUUACUGUUCAGAACAGGGACAAAACAUGCUGGUAUAUGACUAUUUCAGGAAUGGUUCUCUUCAUGAAUUCCUUCACUUGUCAGAUGACUUCAGCAAACCACUUACCUGGAACACAAGAGUUAGAAUUGCUUUAGGCAUAGCACGUGCUGUUGAGUUCUUGCAUGAGGUUUGUUCGCCUUCCUGCAUACACAAGAACAUAAAAUCGACUAAUAUUUUGCUAGACACUGAACUAAUUCCUCAUCUCUCUGAAUGUGGCUUGGAAAAGCUCUAUGAGGUUUCACAUAUUGAAGUAGCUUGGAGUAGCUCGAUGAGGGUUCCAUGUGAUCUUUGCUCGUAUAUAUACUAUAUAUAUAUAUAUGUAUAGUCCUAUCCCGCAGUAUGACAAUAAAUAUAUAUUAUUGGUAAUUUCAAGAGUCAUUUUGAACCUCGCUCCCUUUACUACGGAGUAUAAUUCCCAUUUGUAAAAAUUGUGUUUUUGAUGGAUUCUAAGAGUCUCCAUUAUUGUAUACAGUUGGAAAUUCAAAAAGUUACUCUGUAUUUAUUACGGAAUACUACUCAAUAUACG